AUGCAGUCAGGCCCGUGCUGGUCGCGUCAGAGUUCCAGGUUCCACUUUGAUGCGAUCUGCCAUGGGCGUGGCGCCCGCCUCAGCAGCCUUAUCCAUCGGCUACCUUAUCGUGCUUAUCAAUGGGCACCCGUUGAGGGCGUUGAGCCUGGACCCUGGGCGGCCAUUCAGGCAGCUCUGCGACCGACCGAGUCAACGGUGCCUUGCCAUGUUCUUUGA